AUGUCAGCUCCUAUAGUUGAAACCAAAAAAGCAUCUAAAAGAAGAAUUAGAAGAAUCCCAGAUGACCAAAGACAAAAAGUUUCAAGUGCUUGUGAUAACUGUAAAAAGAGGAAGUUUAAAUGUUCAGGAGAAAAACCUUGUUUUGAGUGCCUGAAAAAGGGACAUGAUUGUACAUAUACGAUUAUUGAUAAACGGUCUUUAAGAGGUGAAAGAAUGGCAAAAUUAAAACAGAAGAAAGACAACAAUGAGAAACAAAGAGAAUUAGUUAACGAACAAAUCGCUCAAAGUUCCAUUAUUCAUCCACAAAUCACUCCAGUCUUACCCGUUCCCGAGUAUGCUAAUGUAACGUACCAAGAUUCUUCACAUUCCACGGUAAGUGGAAACGAUUCCUAUCAUUUAUCAUCAAGUUCUCUGAUACCACAGAACUUGCCUGCUAUUGUCCUUCCAGACACAUUAAGAGAUCCCAACAAUCGUGGAAUCUUAACACCUGGAUCUACUCCUAAUUCAGUGUCAUCGGAAUCCAGUGUGAGUAAUGUUUGCGUUCCAAAAUCUUUGCAACCUUUACUCUCUUUUCCAUUAGAAAACAAGAAUAACUUGCGACACAAAUCAGAAGAACCGGAUAUGGAUAAUAAUACUAACAAUGUUCCUAAAAAGGGUGGUAUUUCCAAUCAAGAGGGUAAAAGUGCAAUAUUAUUGGUAGAUAAAUCUGGUGCAUUUAGGUAUAUGGGAGAGACCAGUCCCUUGUCAGUCUUAUACGAAGCGAGGGGUAUAUUCUAUGAGUAUGUUGGUUCAACAAAAUUGACUGAGGAUCUUCGUGGCUGUCCUGUAACCGAUAAACCAUUGAAAAUCACAAUGAAAGAAGCAGCCCCGUUACCACAUCCAAGUGAAAGAGAUGUUUAUAUAGAACGAUUCAAAGUAAACAUUAAUGGUGCUUAUUUCGUAUUUGAUAUGGAUAAAUUUUACGAGGAAAUUGUGGAUAAGGUAUAUGAAAAUCCAAACAGUGAUUUGGUGCAAGAAAACCGAGUGUUAUUGUACUUUGUUUUGGCUAUUGGGUCAACUUACAAGGACUUUAGUGAAAGAAACCCACAGGCAGAAAAGGGGGCACAUUAUUUUGAAAGUGGAAGAUUGAUACUACGUGAUUUGGUAGAAGACUCCGCCAUGUGGUGUGUUUUGUGCCAUUAUUUGCAAUUUCAUUAUUAUGAAUCGAUAUUGAAGAAAUCCACUGCUUUAGUGCAUCUUACUGCAGCAAUCAAUUACGCACAGUCUUUGGGGUUGCAUCGCAACUUUGUUAAUGAACAGUUUUCAAAAUUAACUGCUGAAUACGAGUACCGCAGAAAACUCUUUCGAAGCCUUUACAUAUCUGAUCGUAUAUCAUCGGUAUUUAUUGGUAGACCGCUAAUAAUCAAUGACUAUGAUUGGGAUGAUCCAGCACGAUUCAAAAAUACAAACGCUUCAGUCCUACCACUUGAUUUCAAUUCAAAAUGCCAUAUCGAGCUUACCAGAAUAUGCACUUUAGUUGGAAGAAUAGUCGCCAAUUUUUAUCAAGAUAAAAUGAUAGAUGUGAAGAAAACCAAAAAUUUAGCUAUACAGUUGAGACUAUGGUCAAAAGGUUUAGAUCCUGAGCUAGCAUUUGGUAAUGUAUUGAAUCCUUCACAGAUAUCUAACAAUGAAGAUAAUGGUAACACUGUCAUAUUGUUGGGUAUUCAUAUAUUGCACUUAUGGGCAGUUAUGUUGUUGAGUCGUCCCUUUUUUAUGUUUGAAGCUAUCAGUAAAAUAAAUCCUGAGAUGCGUAAAUCGUUUGAAGAAGAGGAAGAGUUAAGCAAACAGUUAUGCCAAGCAGCUACAAAGGCCUCUAUUUUAGCAAUCAAGUUGAUGAAUCAUUAUAUUAAUACUACGUUCCACGAAAUAAAGCGCAUGGAGUGUUAUGUGAUUAUAACUUGUUGCUUUUAUGCUUCGAUUAUACUAGGUAUAACUAUUCUCAAUGGGACAUUUGAAGAAGCUGGUUACACUGAAAAUGAUUUGAUGAAUCUGUUGAAAGACGCUCAAUAUAUCUUGUCGCAGUUUUCAGUUUGCAACAAAGGUGCCGAGAGAUAUUCAGAAAUAAAUUUAGAUUUAAUCUCGGCGUUGGUAAAUCGACACAAGGGUAAAGAAGUGAAACCAGUAGUGGACAAUUGGAGUUGCAAUUUGUUUAAUGAUUUCAACUUUGGAGAUACUUCUGGCCAAAAUGAUGUUCAGACAAUGAUGGAUUUUCAACAAUUUUUUGUGUCACUGGAUCUUAUACAAUUUGAAGAAAUCACCGAUGGGACAAGUUCUUUACCCUUUGAUUAUAACAAUUAUAAUUUGUUUUUCGGUGACAAAUUGUAA